AUGUACCCGUUUACUCUAGCUAAUUAGUAUUGUGUAGCGAGCAAUCACAACUCAACAAAAAACAUGGUUUGCUAUGAGAAAGAUUGCCCAAAAAGAGGGCUAAUAUGUGAAUGGUGCCAAAUCGAAGAACACAAAGAUCAUAAAGUUAUUAGCCUUGAGUAGUAUAUGAACUAAAUUUCAUUAGUCUUCACGUCAUCUACUAAUUAAGAAAAGCUAUUAAAUAGUAUUGAAGCCUACUAGUUAAAUGUUAAUAGUGAAAUUAGGUAAAUGAUUGAGAAUAUUUACUCACUUAAAAAUUAAAUAGAGAAAUACCUUUAGCAAAUGACUACAUUUUAGCUAGACUUCUCUUUGCUUUUGGAUAGCAUCAAAGAAAUGUAUCAUAGAGUUUGCUCAUAGUCUAAUUAAAUUAGGACAAAAAUUGAUGAGAAAUUACCUCCUUCAUAUGUCAAUAAAUAUGUUGAAGACACUCUUUAGCUUUUUGAAUAUGACAGAACUCUAGAAUGUUAGAUUAGAAACUUAGAUUAUAAUCACUAAUAUAAGUUAGAAUGCAAAUAGAUUGUCAAAGAUGCAAAACUUUUCUAAAAAUAUGAAAAUGUUCACUCUUACUCCAAGAUACUACGCAAGAAAAUUGUUAAAAUAGAUUAAAAGAUGCAAUAUAGAUUCGAGCAGUAUUUUUCAGAUAUGAAUACUCAUUUCAACUUCUAUAAGCUUAAAGCUCAAAAGAAUUAAGAGUAGAGUCAAGAAAUGGUUGUAGAAGAUUAUGGAUUAGAAUUAUACCACUAUAAGAAUCCUAAGUUACUAAAUGAAAUGAAAAUGUUUUGCUCUUACAAACCUGAAAAUGAUAAAUUUUAGGAUAUUGUAAAUCUACUUUAGAAUAAACCUAAAUCGAUCAAAAUAAUUUCCAAAGCCACCUAGUAGAAGAUAGCAACUAUUAGAGAUAUUUCUUCAUCGAAUGGUUCAUCUUUGUUUGCCACUAUAACAGAUGCAGGAAUGCAAAUCUGGGACUACAAAAGUGGUCAAAAAGUAAGGAACAUUCCAGGAAUUAAAUAUGGCAUAUUCAUUUAAAAAUAUCGCUAUCUAGCAUGUUGUGAGAACUCAAUAAUAAAAAUUAUAAAUAUGUAGAAUUAUAGAGUGAUGAAGAUUUUGAAGUCAAACAAUAGCCAUAUUAUUAGGUUGUAUUAUGAUGAAACAAACGAUAUCUUAUACUCCACAGGCAACAUAGGAAAGGUGGAAUUGUGGAAUAUAAUGAAAGGAGAGCUCAUUUAUUGCAUUAUGGAGGCAAGAUCAUAAAUUUACUCUAUAACUUGCACUGAAAUACAAAAAAAGCAAUACUUAUACUAUGGCGAAAAAGAAGGCUCAAUAACUAUUUAUGACUUAAAAGAAAAACAAGUUACUAAAACCAAAAAGAUGAAUGACUAAGUAUUCUUUUUGAAAGCUUUAGAAAUCUAAAAUAAGCAAAUUCUUGUAGCAGUUGCCUCUUAAAAAGUUUUCAUUUUAGAUGCGAACACUCUUGAAGAGUAUAAAAAGUAAGAAUUUGUUGAUUUUAUAAACUCAGCUAUGAUAGUUUAUGACACUCUUUUUAUCACUGUUGGUCAUGAAGGUAUGGUCUUACUUAUGAAAAUAAGCUUUGACCAAAAAUUCCCAAUUGUGGAGUCCAGAUUAAAGUAUUCCACUGAAAGGUUUGCUUUAUGCUGGAUUGAAAAGAGUAGAGUUAUGAUCUAUAAUUCAAAAACUAUCAAACAGAGAACCAAUAUUUUAUAAUAGAAUAAUAUCGUUAAUCACGAUAAUUAAAAUAAUAAUAACAACAAUAACAAUAUAAACUAAAUGAACAACAAUUUUAUAUUCUAAAAUAAUUUCAAUAACUUUGAUUUCCAUAACCCUUUCAACAAUACCUUCCAUCAAGGAUUCCAUUUCAACUUCAAUCAAACUUUACAAUUUUUAAAUGAUCCAUCAUAAGGUGAUGACUUAAUUGUUUGCUAAUAUUGA